UUAUGUAUACAUUAAAUUACACGACAAGGAAAUCCGUCCUACAUAUCGUUGCUAAAUAGUAAUAAAAACACGUUAAAUUAUUAUUUGAUUGAUAUAAUACAGAAAUUGAAAAGAAAACACCAUGUUUCAUCCUGGUGUCUUUGCGGUGUUAUGGUCGGUGAUGACGUGUUCCUUUGGAUUUACGAUGGAUCGUUCAGUUGCACUUGUGCCGUCUACAUGGGAUACAGCACCGUCUUUGGACACUUAUCAAAGGGUCGACACCGCGUUGAAUGACAAGAUGCAAGUGACAGGUACAGACAGAAUAUUGCAAACUGCGGAUGCGAAAGUGUCGGCAAAUCUGGAAGGAAUAGCAGAAAAUGGGACGCGAGAAAAGAGAGCGACGACUGAGAGUACAGAGAUCAAAUUCGUCAAUAAUACAGCGGCGUCAACAAUGAGAAAUGACACGUCUAAUUCCUCGGAAAAGAACACUAAAAGAUGCCGUAGCAAGAUAGAGACUCCUAGUAUCUCCUUGGAUGGUGCGUUAAUCUCUGAAAACAAAGGAAAAGAUUGCGAUCGUGAGCGUAUUCUUCGUGCGAAUAUCGGAGAAUUGGUGACCUGGGCGAGACAAACGAGAGGAAUGACAACAGGUGUAGUGCAUAAUAGCAACUUCUUCAUCUCUCCAUUAUACCCUAAAGAGUUUAAUGUAUCCAACGAAAGCGAUAUAAAGUCAGAUAUACAUAAGAACAAACGUGAUUUAAAUGACAUUUGGAAAAUCAUUGGCGAUCUCUCCAACCGAGAGAAAUCAAUUUCUUCUUUGGGUACAGCUGAUCCUAAAACAGAGACGAUGAAUAAUGACGGCGCGUGGAAUGUUUUCGAUAUGUUUUCCAAAGUCGGUAUGGACAUCUUCCGGUCUCUGCUCGAAUCGUGGAGUAGAAACCCUAGUGCAAUCGAAGACGAUUUUUCAUUACACAAAUCAUUUCCUCUUAAACCAACUGUAACUAAUUUAAUCGAAAAUACUAUCAAGAGUCUCAAGUCCAUUCCAAAUAACAAUGGUUAUAUGUUAAUCGCUAUCGUGCCGAGAAAUGAGGGAAUCAUCGCUGUCGAUCUCGUGACGCGUGAGAUUUCUCUAAAAGAUACUCUAUUAAUCGUGACGCAAAUCCGUGCCGGGGAUGAAGAAUCUGUACCGUUCGUCGCGCAAGGACCGAAUCAGGAAAUUCUUCGAGAGGCAGCGACGAUCGAGCAGCUUCCGAUCGCGAUUAGAAAAGCGAUCGCGAGCGAUUGCAUCGGUUCGGGAUGCACAAAUCGAUAUAAACGCGAUAUUCCCAUUGUUUCGCAUUUGCCCAUCGCGAUAUUCUCACAACUGCCAGUGCGGAAACGAUUUACCAGAGACAAGGAUGCCGUGGAACAAUCGAUGUUGCUCGUACAACCUAAAGAUGAAAUGUCUAAGCAGAUACAAGUCGAGCUGAAUGAGAAUCCAGCGACUCGCGAUAAAGACCUCGAGAUGAUUAAAGAGUGGCUCGCUAAACAACCUCAUUUACCUCACUUUGAUGAUGACCAAAGAAUAAUGACAUUUUUACGCGGAUGCAAAUUCUCCUUGGAAAGAUGCAAACAAAAACUGGAUAUGUAUUUUACAAUGCGCGCGGUGAUUCCCGAAUUUUUUUCUAAUCGUGACGUGACGAGGCCGUCGAUGCAAGAAGUAGCGAAACAUGUACAGAUACCUCCUUUGCCCGGUUUAACAAAAAAUGGACGUCGUGUGAUCUUAAUGCGAGGUCUCAUUAAAGACCAGCCAAUAACCGUUUCCCACAUCACGGAAGCUAUGAAGAUGGUGUUCAUGAUCGGCGACAUACGCCUGAAAGAGGAGACCCACGGCGUUGCCGGGGACGUUUACGUCUUCGACGCUACCAUCGCGACGCCCGUGUACUUCGCCAAGUUCACCCCUACCUUAGUGAAAAAGUUUCUGGUCUGCGCGCAGGAAGCAUAUCCAGCGAAAUUGAAAGAGGUGCACAUAAUCAACAUCAGUCCGCUCAUCGACACGAUUCUCAACUUCGUCAAGCCGUUCCUGAAGGAAAAGAUACGCAAUCGCAUCUUCACGCAUAGCAACAUCGAGACGCUAUACGAUUACAUACCCAAGGAGAUAAUGCCGUCCGAAUAUGGCGGAGACGCCGGAUCCAUCGGAGAUAUACACGAGAUGUGGAUGAAGAAAUUGACGGAAUACGGGCCGUGGUUCGCGGAGCAGGAAUCCGUGAAAACCAACGAAGCCUUACGACCAGACAAACCAAAGACGCAGGACGAUCUAUUCGGAAUCGACGGAUCCUUCCGGCAACUGACCAUCGAUUAAACUGAUUAACGCGUCACGGAGUGUGCCCCAAUGUAAUUCAAUGUAAUCACCGCCGAUCGGCAACCGUUAAUUGGGAAGUUCGUUCGCGUUAGGAGCAGGAAACUUCGAUGGAUCGGUCGUACGUUAUUCUCGUGUGAUGAAUAUUUUAAUGCAACUUGCCUUCAAACGAUCAUAAUCGAAUUAGAAACUUUUGUACAGAAUUUAUACAUGAUAUCGAGUUUCUUCCAAGUAAUUUACAGCGACAUUCAAUAAGAUAAUUUAAUUGGAAAGCUCGUUUGCGGAGAAUAAUAUAGAGAUAGCGAAUACAUAUUCUGACAAAAGAAAUAACGAAACGCUAAUGGAUUAUAUUUUACACUUUUUUAUUAUUGACAAAAUAGUUUAUUUAUUUUUAUAAUUAG